AUGCCACAGUAUGGAGGCGGUGGUGACAAAUGUCCACGUUGUCAAAAAACUGUUUAUCCAGCAGAAAAACUUCUUGCAUGUAGUGGUUCAUGGCAUAAAGCUUGUUUCAAAUGUAAAACAUGCAAUUCAAUUUUAACAUUGGCUUCAUACAAAGAUUUUUCUCAAGAGGUCUUUUGCAAGAGCUGUUAUCAGGAUAAACUUCAUCCUCAUGAACGUAAUCGUAAACAAUUAGAAACUAAAUUUAAUAGACAACCUGGUGGUGGUGCCAGUGCGGCAACUACAGCCGAAGCAGCACCUGAAGCAAGUGGAGACCAAGAAUAG